CCCGGUUGCUGUGUAGCUGUUGGCAUGGCACAAGGAAAAGGAGGGACUCGGAGGAGGAUUCUGUUUUUGUUAACACUAUGUCUGCAACACUUCACUGCUCAAUGCCAAGGACAGUCUGAUCUGAGAAUUAUUCUGGUGGGUAAGACUGGAUCAGGGAAGAGUGCAACAGGAAACACCAUCCUGGGAAGAGAGGCCUUUAGAGUGGAUCAAUCACCAAACUCAGUGACUGGAGAGUGUUGGAAGCAGAGUGGCGAAGUAAAAGGAACCAAUGUGCACGUCAUUGACACCCCAGGGCUCUUUGACACAGCAAAGACCGAGAAAGAAUUGAAAGACAAAAUAGAGGACUGUAUCUACAUGUCUGUCCCGGGACCCCACGUGUUCCUGCUGGUGAUCAGGCUGGGGGUAAGGUUCACAGAGGAGGAGAGAAACACUGUGAAAUGGAUCCAGAGGAACUUUGGAGAGGACGCUUCUCUGUACACCACGGUGCUGUUCACUCACAGAGAUCAACUAGAGGGGAAAUCAGUUGAGGACUUUCUGAAAGGGAGCAAGAAACUACGGAAAAUAAUCAACAGCUGUGGUAGCAGAUAUCACGUCUUUAACAAUAGAGAGAAGAUUAACCGUAGUCAAGUCACAGAGCUGCUGGAGAAGAUAGAGGAGAUGGUGGAAUGGAAUGGAGGAGAGCACUACACCAAUGAGAUGUACCUGGAGGCCCAGAAAAAAAUCACAGAGCAAAAUAAAGCAGUUUUUCUCCGUACAUUAAAAGCAGGUGUUGGUAUGGUCGCAAUAGCAGCAGGAACUGUUUUUGCUUCGCCAUUGUGUGCGGGAGUAGGUUCUGUAAUAGUCAUGAACGAAGUUUAUGAAUUCACAAAAAAUACUUUUUAUAGUUAACUGGUAAAACAUCAGAUGUUGGCCAUGUGCAGUUUAGUGGAACUGGUGGUACUGUGUUAAGUUGAGGCUAUGGUUGCAAAAUGCCGGUUACUUUCCCCAAAUUCCCCGGUUUUCUAGAAAUCCUGUUGGACUUUUCCUGGACUCAGGACGGAUUAAUCAGGAAUCCUACAACCAGGAUUUCUGGAAAACCUGGGAAUUUUGGGAAAGUUUAAUACCAGAAUUUUGCAACCCUGGUUGAGGUUUAUAUAUUUAGUUUUAGUGAUUGAUGCAUGUAUUUAGUGGAGAUGUUUGUAUUAAGUCAAGGUGUAUCAAAUGUGGGUGUAUUAUGUAGAUGUGGCCUAUGUAUGUUGUGGGGUUGAAUGUAUUUACACUUUUCACAUCUCUAACAGAACAUCAAUUACUGUAAGUAUAUUGUACGUACUUAUGUAGCUGACAUUUACGUACUGGUAUAUCAAUAUCUUCACAUUCUUGAUUUGUAAAAAAACACCAACAGCACAUUGGCCAGGAUGUGCUGCAUUGCACUACAGAGAUCGCAUUCACAUUAAACGCUCAAGCAUAAAGCCUGUCACAUACUUCCCAGUCGAAACUGUUUGCGCAUAUAUUAUGACUACAUUUUGUGACGUUUUUGUUAGUUUUGCUGUUCGGCAGGUAUUCUUUUGGCGGUUGGUGCACACAAAACAUUUUCUUGAGGAAAGUCGAAGUUCGGUAGCCGAAGUCUACGCCCCUUUGUCGGUGAUUGGUCAACAGUACUACUCCUAGUAGGAGUGGGAACUAUGGAAGGGAGACAACUAGUUUUCAUGCACAUUUCUUCACUUGAGAAGUACUGCACCAAACAUCUUAGCUAGGUGUAAAAUUGCACUACUAAGACCUCCUUGGCAAAAACAUUUUGAGGAAGUGUUUCUGGCUAUGUUGUUGCUACGGUGGUUCAAGAAGGACAAACAACAGUAAUAUUGCCGCUUUUUUCUUGUUUUUCAAACGAAGGACUUUAGGGAGCAUGGAAGUUCUGCUAGGAGCAAACAGAAUCAAUGUAUUCGGACACUUUAAGGGUGAAUCGCUGUGUGCAUGUUUGAACCUUUGAUUGAAUCCCGGCCAUUGUCCGCUCUUAUCCUGUACUUGAUGAAUAUUUGUUUUGUGGUUGUUUCAUAAGUAAAAACAGAUUACCAGAACAUCACAACCAUCAAUAUAGCUUUUCCAGUGACAGACACGAAAUCACUGUGAUAUUGGAAUUGACUGCAAAUAGUUUAAGUUAAAGGAAGUCCAGUUUGCAGCUGUGUGUUUGUAUUUUCUUUUCUGUAUUAAUUGUAUUCGACAUACAGUGCCUUCAAAAAUACUUUUUCAA